CUCAACACAUCUUCACCUGCAACCGUUAAUCAUCUCGUGUGUCGGCCGUCAUGUCAUUCAUCAGUGCUCCCAAACCCAUCAAUGGUCACGUUCAACCCGAAGCAGGCAUGUCAUACAUGGUAGCCCAUGCUUCGCUCAAAGUCGCCCAAACGGCCGGGAUGAUUGUCCCUCCUGCUUAUCUCUUGUUUGGUCUCGUCAGGCGUAAUCCACUGAGCGUCUCGAGGUGGAUGAGAGCGAGCGUAGGAGGAGUGGUCGCAGGAGCAGGGCUAGGCGCGGGAAUGGGAUACAUGCGAUUGAGAGGUGAAACGGCGGCAGCAUUGGAAGAUAGAGUUGUGAGAUUGAGCCACAACCCAUCUCAAAUACGAACAGAUGACUACUCAAUCAUUGGCUCAGCCCUCGGCGCCCUCAUCGUCCCUACUCUUCUCCUGAAGCGUUCUCGAUUACCUACACUGGCGCUAGGAGGAGCAGCCAUCGGUUUAGGAGCAGGCGUGUGGGUACAUCUCGUCAGGAUGUGGGCCCAAGGUGCAGAUGUCAGACCGGAAGGAAUGGUCGGUGAGAUUCCCGUUGUAGGAGGUAACGACAAGAAGUGAUUGGGCUCAUAACCUCAAUAUACUCGGGAGUAUAAUGACAUGCUGUAUGCAUCGUGAGCAGUCUCAUUCAGA